AUGGCCUCUACCACUAGCAGUAGCAGCACGACGAGCAGCAGCCAGAAGCUGCGUGUCCUGCUCAUCCCCUUCUUCGCGACCAGCCACAUCGAGCCCUUCACCGACCUCGCCCUGCGCCUGGCCGCGGCGGCUGACCCCGGCGCCGCCGUAGAGGCGACCGUCGCCGUCACGCCGGCGAACGUCCCCAUCGUCCGCUCCUUGCUCGAGAGGCGUACGCAUGACGCAGCCGGAUCUGAGGGCACGCCCGUCAAGAUAGCGACGUACCCGUUCCCGGCCGUGGACGGCCUCCCGGGGGGCGUCGAGAACCUCGGCAAGGCCGCCCCCGCCGACUCGUGGCGCAUCGACGCCGCCGCCGUCAGCGACGCCCUGAUGCGCCCCGCGCAGGAGGCGCUCAUCAGGGAGCAGUCCCCGGACGCGCUCGUCACCGACCUGCACUUCGUCUGGAACGUCCGCGUCGCCGAGGAGCUUGGCGUGCCGUGCGUCAGGUUCAGCGUCAUCGGCGCCUUCUCGUCGCUCGCCAUGCGCCACCUCGAGCUCCUUGCCCCGGACGUCGCCGGCGGCGACCCCGACCCCGACGUCGUCGCCGUGGUCCCUCGGUUUCCGGGCCCUCCGUUACGGAUACCGAGGACCGAGCUGCCGGAGUUCCUGAGGAGGAAAAAGGAGGUCGAUUGCUCCACGACAAACCCCUUCUACGCGGCGCAAGCCGACUGCUUCGGCCUCGCCAUCAACACAUUCUCGGACCUGGAGCAACACUACAGCGAGAUGAACAUGCGCGAAGGCUACGUGAAGCGCGCCUACUUCCUAGGGCCUGUCUCGCCGCGGCCAUCACCGGCAGCCGUGGGCGCCGGCGGCGGCGGUGGCUGCAUCGACUGGCUUGACUCGAAACCAGGCCGCUCGGUGGUGUACGUGUGCUUCGGCAGCUUCGCGCCCGUCUCGGACGCCCAGCUGCGCGAGCUGGCUCUCGGGCUGGAGGCCUCGGGAAGGCCGUUCCUGUGGGUGGUGAGGGCGGAGAAGUGGACUCCGCCGGAGGGAUGGGAGGAGCGUGUCGAAGACAGGGGGCUGAUGGUCACCACCUGGGCCCCGCAGACGGCUAUACUGGGGCACCAGGCGGUGGGCGCGUUCGUGACCCACUGCGGGUGGAACUCGGUGCUGGAGACGGUGGCGGCGGGCGUGCCGGUGCUGACAUGGCCGCUGGUGUUCGAGCAGUUCAUCACCGAGAAGCUGGUCACGGAGGUCCUCGGGAUCUGCGUUUUGAUUUUCGGCCGAAAAAAAUGAAUUUCGGCCGAAUUUCGGCCGUCUCGCUAGGGCCCGAUAUAUGGGCCUAUCGGCCGAAUAAUUUGGCCCAGUUUAAAUUUUUUUUGCCCGGCCCAGCUUCGAGAGCCUUCCAGUUAGGCUUCCGCUGAGACAAAACCACGAACCCACGCUACCUAACCCUAAAUCGCUCUUUCCAUGUCCGUCCUCCUGUGUGCGGCGCCGCCGCUGCGCACAGGCCACAUCUCCUCGCCCUCCUCGACAUCUCCGGCCAAGGCGCUCACUUCUCCGGCCCUCCUCCACAUCUCCUCGCCUCCACCCCAUCCACUUCCUGUCGAAGACUGCGGCAACGGAGCUCGGCGGCUGCGGCCCUUCUCCAAGACUGCAGCAUGGUGCUCGGCGGCUGCGGCAACGGAGCUGAUGGAGCGCGAGCCGACCAGUUCAACGGAGGCAGUAGCACGGGGCAGCGGCAGCAGCAUGGAGGGCGUCCGCUUGACUGGAAAGAGAAUGUAUUUGUUGAUAGUGAGAGUGAGGAUAAUGAUGGGGUGAGUGAGGAUGGGGAAGAUGCUCCAUCCAUGCAUGAUCAGCAAGAGGCGCAAAUGCAAGUGGAAAAAGAGACACAAAUUCAAGUGGAAAAGGACGCACCUCCAAGAGAUGGCAAUUUGGAGACCCGUAGAUCUGUACGGCUUGUCAAGAAGAAGAC